UUUAUUUUUUAACCUAUCUAUUCAAAGCAAAACAUUUGGACUAAUGAAGAAACCCCCAAAAACUUCAGUUUGGGUCAAAUGUCCUUUCUAAGCCAGCCCAGACACAAGGUAUUCCCAACGGAAAAAUCAAUUUUCACCCAGAUUUCAGUUUGGUAUAAGCAGUGUUUUCCAUCAGAAAAUCAUCCCAACGGAAAAUUCCUAACUGGUUCUAGUACAAAGUGACUAGCAAAGCUCUCAAAAUGAUUCAGUGGCAAGGCUGGAAUGAGAACCCACAGCUCCUGACCACGAACCCUGUGCUCUAACCACGAGACAAACACUCAUCUUUCCCUGAGCAAGGUUGUUCCUGCAGCAUUUCUGCUCGGGCCGAAGUGGGAAUACUCUGGAAAUGUUGCAAGAUAACUUUUUUUUUUUUUUUUUCUCUGCAAGAUUUCCUGUUGUAGGAUAUUUGGGGGGUAACGGGAAAAAUCCCUGGUGGCUCCCUGGGGCCAGAAGUGUUUGGACGUGAUGGGAAUGUGAGGGCUGCUCCUCCCUGCGUGGGCUGAGGAGGGUCACGCAGGGGUGUGGUGGGAUCUGGUCCCAAACCAUGGAGUGCUCAGCCACGGCUGGCCCAUGGGUUGGACUCGAUCAUCUGAGAGAUCUUUUCCAACCUCACUGAUUCUGUGAUUUCUGUUUUCCAGGGAUGCAUUUGAGGGCAUCCCACUGCCCCAUCCUCUAUCUGUUUUAAGCAAAGCUUAACUAAACCCAGGGUUUUCUUCCUCACAUCAGCAACUCUCCAGCUUUUCAGGUAAAACUCUGAGAGCGACCCCACGCAGAAAACCGAACUCACGGCUUGCAGCCCCGUUUUACUCAUUUAAGAAUCAUUUACAUUACAUUUAAGGAGGGUCGGAGUGAGAUGUCCUGACCCCUGACAUUCCCUCCUGUUUAUUUAUUCUUCUAUAUGUUUUUCCGUAGUUAUUGGCCUGUAUGUUUUUAUGUAUUUAUUCUUCUAUAUUGUAUAUGUUCUUCUCAGUGGUCUCCACGUGGCUUCUUGCACCGCUUCUCCGACCCCCGAUAUUCGCAGCCGUGUACGGGGCAGCAGGGCUGGAAAACCGGAUUUAUCAUCCCUUUACCAAACCGCGCCAACCCGCGCCUUGUUCCCGGUUCAGGCCCGGGCGAAGGGCGCUGCCCGGCCCGAGCCGCCGCUGCCCUCAGCCCCCGGCGGCGCCGCCGCUUCCCCCGCCCGCCCCUUCCCGGCGCAGGCGCAGCCGGCCCGGCACGGGGGAAGCCCGGCGGCUUUCCCGGCAGCGGCGGGUUCAGGGGACGUCCCCGCCGGGGUGUGCAGGCCCGGGCAGUGCCGGGGGCACAAGUUUUAUUAAACAUGCCCAGUGAGAAGCAGACUGCAGUGAAAUACUACGUGGGAGUUGACGUGGGCUCAGCCAGCGUUCGCGCGGCGCUGGUGGACAGCUUUGGGACAGUGGUGGCACACGCAGAACAACCCAUCCAGGUUUGGGAGCCCCAGCCAGACCACUAUGAGCAAUCCUCUGCAGACAUCUGGGCUGCCUGCUGCUCUGUCACAAAGGAAGUUGUCUGUGGAGUGGAUGCCAGCCAGAUCCGAGGGCUUGGGUUUGAUGCUACCUGUUCCCUUGUUGUGGUGGAUAAACAAUUCCAGCCUUUGGCAGUCAACUCUGAAGACUGUACUGAUCGUGGCUUUUAUAGUGUGUAUAAAUGCCCAUCCACACUGGCUAAAGGACAGAACCGUAGGAAUGUGAUCAUGUGGAUGGACCAUCGUGCAGCGAGCCAAGUCAGGCGCAUCAAUGCCACCCAGCACAGGGUUCUGAGCUAUGUAGGGGGAGCCAUGUCUGUGGAAAUGCAGCCUCCUAAAUUGCUCUGGAUAAAGGAAAACUUGCCAGAAUCGUGGGAGAAGGUUGGCUACUUCUUUGAUCUUCCGGAUUUCUUAUCUUGGAAAGCCACAGGUGUCACUGCAAGGUCUCUCUGUACAGUAGUGUGCAAGUGGACAUACACGCCAGAUAGAGGUUGGGAUGACAGUUUCUGGAAAAUGAUUGGUUUGGAAGAUUUGGUGAAGGAUAAGUAUGAAAAAAUAGGAAACCACGUCCUGUCUCCUGGAGAGGCUGUUGGGAAAGGUCUGACACCGGACGCUGCGCGAGAUCUCGGGCUCCCGGAAGGGAUUGCAGUGGCAGCAUCUCUCAUUGAUGCACAUGCUGGAGGACUAGGAGUAAUUGGAGCAGAUGUGAAAGGACACAACCUUCCAUGUGAGAACCAGCCCAUUACAUCCCGAGUCGCUAUGAUCUGUGGAACAUCUUCGUGCCACAUGGGGGUCAGUGAAACCCCCAUUUUUGUGCCUGGUGUUUGGGGACCGUAUUUCUCUGCCAUGGUACCUGGAUUGUGGUUGAAUGAGGGAGGCCAGAGUGCUACAGGAAAACUGAUCGAUCAUGUGGUGCGAGGCCACGUCGCCUUCCCAGAAUUAGAGGCAAAAGCUGAAGCCAGUGCUCACAGUAUAUAUACAUACUUGAACAGUCACCUGGAUCUGAUUAAGAAAUCUUUGCCUGUGGGUUUCCUCACUGUUGAUUUACAUGUUUGGCCAGAUUUCCAUGGUAACAGAUCUCCCUUAACAGAUCUGACACUAAAGGGCAUGGUUGUUGGACUAACAUUGUCUCGAGGUCUGGAUGAACUUGCCCUUAUCUACCUGGCCACGAUCCAAGCCAUUGCUUUAGGAACAAGACAUAUUUUGGAGGCGAUGCAGGCUGCAGGACAUGAGAUCACCACGCUGUUCCUGUGUGGUGGGCUGAGCAAGAACCCUCUCUUUGUGCAGAUGCACGCUGACAUUACUGGCAAACCUGUUGUGCUGUCCAAAGAAGUGGAGUCUGUUUUGGUGGGUGCUGCUAUUCUUGGAGCUUGUGCUUCUGGGGAUUUUGCAUCUAUCCAGGAGGCCAUGGCGAAAAUGGGGAAAAUUGGAAAAGUUGUGCAGCCCAACCACGAGCAUAAAAGAUUUUAUGACAAGAAAUAUGAAGUAUUUUUGAAGCUUGUGGAGCACCAGAGAGAGUAUCGCUCCAUCAUGAACAACUUGUGAUCCAGAGGCAUGGGAGCUGGGAACAGCAAGCAAAUUUCCAGGCAUGUGUGAUGCGGGUAAUUUCUUCUUACUGUACUGUCCAUAUUGAAAAUGUCCUGUUAUCAUUUAAAGUAUACGUUUUAAUUUUUAAUGAGAAAUAAAAUGCAGUCA